GUUAUUCACAACUUCAAGUGUCGUAAUCUGGAUUAUUCAAAUGUCAGUAAGCCAUUUAUCACUUAUUGGCAGGAAGAGAAGGAUUUGAGUAGUGUUGUGAAGCAGUUUGAGAUCAACAUGGAUUUUAUUCUGCCGGUGAAGCGUGAAAAACAGAAGGUUGAGUUUAAAGCUCCUAGUGUUAGUGCUGCUAGUAGGAAGUCUGGUUCUCCUAUAAUGAAGGUGGUUGAGGGUCCAUCACCUUCAACUAGGCAGCUUAUUAUGGAUCUUCCUCAUAGUUUGAUGACUGAUGAGGAAAUAGAUGCUCUUGAUGUUCCUGAAUAUGUGAAGAACAUGCACAAGUUGAAGAGGAAUGCGCUUGCAUUCUGUCAAGUGAACUUGGAGAUUGCCCAAAAUAUUCGGGAGGAAGGCGAGAAGCUGUCUCAAGACAGUAUUUCUCUGGAUGAUAGUGAAGUAUUUAACCCAGAUUUUCUGAGUCAAAUUGACGACAUAUGCAAGCGUCAUUUGGAAGCGAAAGACAGUGCAAACAAAGUUGAUCCUACAAUUUCACUAUUGGUGAAGCGGCCUGUUGAAUUGGAGUUUGGAAGAAAUGAAAAUGUUCCUGAUUUGGAUUCUGGUGUUCAUGGAGUUGAAGAGAAAGAAGGAAGUAAGUUCCUUUCAUUAUAUUGUUUUCAUUUUGUUGUUGUAGUUUUGUAA